AUGCCUGCACAAAGUCAGGCAAAGCGCCAAUCCGCACCCCUAUCCGAAGAGAAGCCUGCCAAACGCACUCGUGUAUCACGAGCAUGCGACCAAUGUCGCGUUGCACGUGAGAAGUGUGAUGGCCUCCAACCAACUUGCUCUACCUGCUCAGGAACCACCAGAAAGUGCUCCUACACGGCAAACCCCAAGAAGAGAGGCAUCCAACCAGGCUACAUUCGCACACUCGAGUUGGCACUUGCAUGGCUUUUCCAGCACAAUCUAGACAACGAAUCUGCCCUCAAAGAGAAGCUAGCACAAGAGGGCGCUUCGUCAUUACUCCUCAGCCGUGACUCAAAGGAGUCGAAUAAGCUCCACAGACGAUGGCGCAAAUCAAAGUUCUACAUCGACGUUGACAAGCAGCUGUCUGGAGGAGAGCCUUCAAGGCAUGAACAAGCUACCUCACCCGGUUCUUUUAGCAGCGACGAGGAUUCGGAUACCGAGGAGCCUUUGAACAAAAAGCCCAGCCGUAGCCAAGCAAGUAAUAUUGAAUUCCAGCGCAGGGUUGAGCCUUCAGGUGUUGCACAAAUCGCAGCAACAUCACAUAAACAGCCGGUCAACAUCGGUGCUCCAGAAACAAUCCCACAGGAUAGCUGGCAACUGUUCGAAGUAUACUUUACCAAUAUACACUCUUGGCUUCCCAUAUGCGAGAAGCACGAUACCCUAAAAUCCGCCUAUUCUUACCCUCUGCAUAGCCAUUCCAGCAAUCCCGAGCAAUCCGUUUCUGGGGCACAUGCUGAAAUGUGGAGUAUCCUGGCAGUGGCAUCACUAUACGACGCAAACCUGAACGACCCCCUUGAUCCAUCAUCCACAAGGCCUAUGAAGCUGUACGAGACUGCCAGAUCCAUGAUACCAAGCGAAUCUGGACGUUUCGAUGUCGGACAUAUCAGAGCUCUUCUGAAUUUGGUCGUGUUCAACAUCUCCCGAAUGUUGACGGGUUCAGCCUGGCUACUCGUUGGUUACGCAUCGAGAGCCCUGGAGAAUGUAGACCAAUCAACACUGAUGGCAAACUCUAGACACAAACAUGUCUACUACGGGUGUUUACUCCUCGACGGCAUGCUAGCAUUUCAGCUCAACCGCCGUCCUCACUUUAGGCAGACAGAUCUAGGGCACCUCGGGCCUAUUGACGAAGACGGUUUGGAAGAGUGGCAGCCUUGGUCUGGUUUCAAUGAUCCUAUGCAUGCUGGUAGGAUGACCCCACUGCUUUCUUUAAGUACGUUCAACAAUGUCAUUGAGUUGGUUGACAUACUUGUAAGCACUGGGCGGCAGUCAGCACAAGACACUUACCAAGAAGAGGCUGCUCAGCGUCUCGAGAGGUGGAAAACGUGUCUGCCCCCCAAAGUGGAUGCUUUAUUUUCUAAUGGCUCCUUUUCGUUGCUCGCCCCGCCGACUGCCCUGCUACAAGCGACAUAUGACUGCGCUCUUUUUGUCUCCCAUCCUUCGGAUAUAAGUUUACAACUGUUCCUCAAGGGACUUGAUAAGUGUCAAUUGGACAUUGGUGUCCAACGACUACCCGUACCGAUCAAAUGUCUCGUUGUCACUAUCAGCAGACUUGCUAGUCAACUCAAUCUGCGUGAAACGACCCGCACCCAACUACAAAGGUUGCGAGCGGCCAUGUUACCAACAUCGCCUCAGUUGCAUCAUGAUGAUUCACAGACUCUUGAGAGCUCCAUGAUGCCGGCCAGACGAUCUUCAACAGCCAUAAAUCUGUCAACACCAGAAUCACUCCAAACCGCAACUCCCGAUGGCCGCAACAUGGCCCAGCCAACAAUAGAUCCCCUCAAUGACUUCUUCUCUGGGCCGUAUUCAACGAAUCCAUCGCAUGUGGCAGUGCCUAGUCCAUCACAAACCGACCCACGGUACCCCGAGCUCACCAGCGAUCUCGAGACCUUUUUUGACGAAUUGGCAUCACUUGAUAGCGCAACUCGGCCAGAUAACCAGCCGCAAUUUAUGCAAAACCUUGGUUUCGGGCCUGGAGCAAGCAUGGCUGAUCUGUUCAGCGAAUACAUACCUAUGCAGUCGUCGAAUUUUCUGGUCCGUGACGACGUGGCGCCGACAAAUCUUGAUCAGUAUGCCUUUUACGAUGGGGGCUGA